AUGGCUGGGCCUGCUACGGUUCGAUCCGGCCGACGCUGUCGGGGCCGCCCUCCUGGGAUUCGGGCGGCUGUCAUUGCCCGCGUGCGCCGCGCUGCCGGCCGCAUUUCUUCCGUGGAUUCGUCGUCGACGAUGGCAUUCGCUGGUGGGCGUGGCCGGCCGGCUGAUUCGGGAUGCCGCCUCCGGUCCGGGUCUCGCCGGCCGUUUCGUUCUUCCCGGGCUGUAUCGUGGCGAGAUGUUAAUGUGGACGUUGAUAGUCGUCGUCGGGAGAUUUCAUUAGGGAAGCGGCCUGUGGAUUGUACCGUCGGUGCUGCCGUUGGUGCGUGCUCUUCUUCAGUGGCCGGUGGGUCUGUCCCGGCUGUUUGGCCUGCCAGCGUACGACCUGGUAUUCUGCUUGUCGAAGUGGUUGACAGAACGAGUGCUUCUGUUUCUGAUUUUCCUGCUGGUGUUCAUCUUUAUGGCUCUUUGGUUGGUGAUACGACUUUCCAUUGCCGUCCAAGAGUGGUGCCUUUAUGUGCCGCUGGUAUCUUUGGUCGGCCUACUCCUCUUGUGAUGCCUACUCCUCUUAUGGAGCAUUCUCGUGUUGUGUGUGCACGCCGUAAGCGGAUUUUGGUGCGAUCGUACUGGUCGGGCCGGAAAAGAGUACGUGUGAUGCAACCUCCCUUUUCUAAAGAUUACAUCCAAUUGGUUAAGGCUACUUUUAGAGGUUGUUUGGAUAGGUGGUUUGUAGAAAAUCCGUUCUAUAUAAACUAA